AUGAGCCAAACCGUUCUGGGCACUCACUCCUACGAUAUUAGCCGAACCGUUUUCUGGACCGAUUCCAGCACCGUGUGCAGCUGGCUCAAUUCCGACCAACACCGCUACAAGCAAUUCGUUGCUUUCCGGGUCGGAGAAAUCCAAGAACUGACGAAGGUGGCAGAUUGGCGAUGGAUUCCAACGCAUCUCAACAUCGCAGACGUGGUGACAAAGUGGGGGAAAGGAGGUCCGCCGUUGCAAAGCGAAGGUGAAUGGUUUAAUGGACCGUCCUUCCUGUAUCGGCCGAAAGAAGAGUGGCCAAAGCAAGAGCCGGAGACCAAAGAGACGGAGGUAGAAGCGAGAGGGGUUGUACUGUUCCACGAGGUGAUCGAUGCCGAACCGAUUUCCCGCUGGACAAAACUGUUGCGGGUGACCGCUAGCGUAUUACGGUUUAUCGCUAACUGCCGACGAAAGGGGAGAGGAGAGCCGAUAGUGACCAUACGAGCUACGGUGAAGCAGCGGCAGCUGAUUGAAGCGACUGCAGUGAACUACGUGUCAGUAAAGGUUCCACUCGGACCAAAAGAGCUCCAGCAAGCAGAAACGGUUCUCUGGCGACAGGCUCAAUGGGAUAGUUUCCCGGAUGAGAUGAGUGCGCUCACGAACAACCUGAAGCGCAAACCGGGAGAACGGAUGGAAACGUUGAAAAAGGGCAGCCCGGUAUACAAAAGCUCGCCGGUAUUGGACGACGAAGGCGUUCUGCGAAUGGAUGGUCGGCUUGCGAACUCCGUGGAGAGUUCCUUCGAUAAGAAGCAUCCGAUCAUUUUGUCAAGGUUCCACGACGUCACACACAAAUUAAUCCAGCACUACCACGACCAGUUCGGACACGCCAAUUCGGAGACCGUCUUUAACGAGAUGAGGCAGCGGUUCCAGAUUCCGAAAAUGCGUCCGGCGAUACAACAGGUAGUGAACAAAUGCGUCUGGUGUAGAGUGAACAAGUGUCGGCCACGUUCACCGAGGAUGGCUCCACUUCCCGUCGAACGAGUCACGCCUCAUCAACGACCAUUCAGCUCCGUCGGCGUCGACUAUUUGGUUUUCACUUGUUUGGCUGUGCGUGCGGUGCACCUGGAAGUUGUGCACAGUCUCACGACCGAGUCGUGUCGAAUGGCCAUCACUCGUUUCCAAAGCAAGUUUGGCAGGCCAAGUCACAUAUUCUCGGACAAUGCCACUUGCUUCCGCGGAGCGAACAAUGAGAUGAUCAAGAUGGAGAAGAUCAACGAAGAGUGCGCCGAAGCCGUAAGCAGUUCGACUACCGCCUGGCAUUUCAUUCCGCGGGAACUCCACACAUGGGAGGUGUCUGGGAACGAAUGGUGCGGUCGGUGA